AUGGAACAUGCAACCACUAAAUCCUCCAAGCCCUUCUCAAACAUAUCCGACAUUGUCUCCAAAUUUGCAAAACUUUGUAAACUGAGAUCUCUUGGUGUCGUACCCCCUGAAAAUGCUAAUCAGCAGAAAAACCACCUCCACCACCACAACCCCAAAAACAAUACUUCCCCAUUGCGUGAGGAUAGCAGUGCCGCUUCUGAAGAGACAAAAUGUGAUGGAGAAAAAGUUCAUCCUCAGCCCAUUGAAGUUUUGAGCAGAAGCAAUGUGUAUGGCGACAGGGAGGUCAUGAUGUUAUUUGACACAGUUUCAGCUCUCAAAUUUGCUUAUGUUCAGCUUCAGGAAGCUCAUAUUCCAUAUAAACCAGAAAAGAUUAUAGCUGCUGAUGAACUUGUUGUGGCCCAGCUUGAAGCACUUCGCAAGAUUAAGCAUGCCUAUAAAGAGAAGCAAUUUGCAAAGAAAGCAAAGUUUAAUUCCUCUGCCUCCAGUCAAUUGCAAGUCGAAAUUGAAUUUGUUGAGAGGCUGUUGGAAGACUUAAAGUCUCAAGUCAAAGCUAAAAAUUCUGAGAUUCUUCAUGUGCGACAAGAGCUGCAGGAACUGGAGUUGGGGAAUAAUGGAUUGGUUGAGAAGAUCAGGCAAGUAAGCCUGGAGAAGAAGAAUACGAGGGUUUUGAGCACUACCACACUGGAAGAUGCUUUCAACGUUGCUUCCAAGUCCAUUCAUGAUUUUGCAAAGCCAAUAAUUAGCUUGAUGAAAGCUUCAGGUUGGGAUCUAGAUCUGGCAGCAAAAUCAAUCGCAGGUGCAGUUGUUUAUUCCAAAAGGUCCCACAAGAAGUAUGCAUUUGAAGCUUACAUAGCACGGAGAAUGUUUUAUGGUAUCAGGCUUAAAUCCUAUAGUGUGGACGCUAUUAUGAGGUUGGAUGAUCCAAUUGAUGCUCUGACAGCAUAUCCAAAUUCUGAAUUUGCGGAAUUCUGUAGAAAAAAGUAUCUAUUAGUAAUCCAUCCAAUGCUGGAAGCAUCAUUCUUUGGAAAUCUUGAUCAUAGGACAUUUGUGUUAAGUGGCAAGCAUCCCAGGACACCAUUCUACCAAAUAUUUGCAAAAAUGGCAAAGUGGGUCUGGGCUUUUCAAGGCAUUGCAGCUUCAAUAGAUCCCAAAGCAAAGAUGUUUACUGUCGGCAGAGGUAGUUUAUUCUCAAAUGUGCAUAUGGAAUCUGUUGAAGAGGGUAUGGAAGGUGCAGCUGUGGCCGAUGAAAAAUAUGCUAUACCUGUAGUUGGGCUUAUGGUCAUGCCUGGUUUUAAAAUCGGAGAGACAUUAGUGAGGUCUCGGGUGUAUCUUUCAGAUCUGAAAUCAUCACUUGGUAAAUGCUAG